UAUACUGUGUGGCUAUAAUGAAAUGGGGCAUCUAUGCUGUAUAAUUAUUGCGGUUUGACGCCACGUUAACUGCAGUUGCGAUGGCUCAAUGCUAUAGAACUAAACAUGGAAAAGAAGUGCCUGGUCAUUCCGUGUGGUCUUGCCAAGGUGAUCAGCGUGUGUGCCAGUCUCAGAAAGAAAAACAAAACUCCAUUUCCCAGCAUGCUGCCCGGGACCUGAAAGGCAAACUCUCUAUUGGCUGAAGACUUUGCCCUGUGCUUCCUUAUCUCUAACCUGCAAAGAGGAUUGGGGAAGGCGGAGAGCAGACCUUUCCUUUCAAAAAGAGCUCCGUGGAGGAAUGCCAUGGCAUCAGGAAGCCAGGAAACAGUCAGUGUCCAGGAUGAGGCCGUGGAGGAAAGCCAGUUUAAGACAUGCAGACAGAUUGCCUUCUACAGGAGGCAGAAACAUUUGGGUCCUGGGAAGCCCUUGUACCGGGUCUUGCCAGACACAGUAGAAUUAUCCAACAGCAAUGUCAGAUUCCAAAUUAUCAGUGAAGAAUACAAGGAUCCCCUUUUAGUAGAAGUUUAUGAAAUAGAAGGCAACAUUUUCAGACUUAAAAUUAAUGAGAUAACACCCCUGAAACCAAGAUAUGAAGUCCCUGAUGUUCUUAUAAAAGAACCAUCCAGCCUCAGGCUAACUAUAUUAGAGAAAGAUGCAGACAAGCUUGUGUUGGCCUGUGCCAGUAAAGACCAACAGCUUCACAUAACAAUAAAUCCUUUCCAGAUACAAUUUGUUUCGAAAGAUGAAAUGGUUCUGAGCAUCAACUCAAACGACCUAUUAUAUUUUGAGCAGUUACAGCCACCGCCCCAAACCAGGACAUCAAUGCUGCAAGAAAAGAAAGAUGGAUCCACAAAUUAUUCUAAGAAAGAUCAGGAUGACCUAGGUCUCUGGGAAGAGAAAUUUGGCAACUUUUUAGACAUCAAAGCAAAUGGUCCCAGCAGCAUAGGCUUAGAUUUUUCUUUACAUGGAUUUCAACAUGUCUAUGGAAUACCUCAGCAUGCAGAAACACUUCUCCUUAAAAAUACCAGCAAUGAGGAUGUCUACCGACUUUACAACCUGGAUGUCUUUGGAUACAGGAUCCACAGUAAAAUGGGUAUCUAUGGUUCAGUGCCCUUGCUCUUAGCACACAAACCUGACAGAACGAUUGGGGUAUUUUGGCUGAAUUCCUCUGAAACUUUAGUAGAGAUUACGACUAAAGCUGCAAUGAAGGUUUUGCCUUCCCAAAUUCCAGAUGUCUCAAAGCAAAGGGUGUUGCCUCAAACCGAUGUGUGCUGGAUGUCAGAAAGUGGAAUAAUAGAUUCUUUCAUCCUAAUGGGGCCCAGCCCUUUUGAUAUUUUUAAGCAGUAUGCACAGUUGACAGGUACUCAAGCCCUGCCUCCACUUUUCUCCCUUGGUUACCACCAGUGCCGCUGGAAUUAUGUAGAUGAGAAAGAUGUAGAAGGGGUUGAUACAGGUUUUGAUGUAUUCAACAUCCCCUACGACGUUAUGUGGCUAGACAUUGAGCAUACUGAUGGAAAGCGGUACUUCACGUGGGAUAAGGAGACAUUUGGUAACCCUAAGAGGAUGCAAAAAAAGAUACUCAUGAAGAAAAAACGCAAGCUUGUUGUCAUUCUGGACCCGCAUAUUAAAGUCGAUCCUUUGUACACCAUAUACUCACAAGGAAAAGAAAGAGGAUAUUUUGUAAAAGACCGUAAAGGUGGGGAUUUUGAAGGCAUCUGUUGGCCAGGUUCCUCUUCUUACUUGGAUUUCACCAAUCCUAAAGUCAGAGACUGGUAUGCAGAGCUGUUUGCAUUCAAAACAUACAAGGGUUCCACUGAAAUCCUUUUUGCUUGGAAUGAUAUGAAUGAGCCCUCAGUCUUCAGAGGGGCAGAACUAACCAUGCAGAAGGAUGCUGUCCAUUAUGGGAAUUGGGAACAUCGAGAGGUUCAUAAUCUCUACGGUUUUUAUCAGCAAAUGGCAACGGCAGAAGGAUUAAUCAGACGGAGUGGGAAUUUGGAGAGGCCAUUUGUUCUUACACGUUCUUUUUUCGCUGGAUCACAGAGAUAUGGUGCAGUAUGGACUGGAGACAACAAAGCAGAGUGGAGCUACUUGAAAAUCUCCAUUCCUAUGUUGCUCACACUUAGCAUUGCAGGGAUUUCUUUCUGUGGAGCGGAUGUUGGUGGAUUUGUUGGAGACCCAGAACCAGAGCUAUUUGUUCGAUGGUAUCAAGCUGGAGCACUCCAGCCUUUCUUUAGAGGCCAUGCUAAUAUGCACACCAAGCGCCGUGAGCCCUGGCUGUUUGGUGAAAAGAAUACACAGAUCAUCAGGGCGGCUAUCAAGGAGCGCUAUUCCCUUCUUCCUUAUUUAUAUUCACUCUUCUACCAAGCACAUACCACUGCGGAACCAGUCAUGAGACCUAUCUGGGUAGAAUUCCCCAAACAACUAGAAGCUUUUGGCAUUGAAGAUGAGUAUAUGCUUGGAAAGGCUUUGUUGGUGCAUCCAGUCACUGAACCCAAAGUCACAACAGUCAGUAUCCUUCUGCCUGGUUCAGAAGAGCAGAUCUGGUACGACUUUCGAAAAUUUAGUUGUUUGAAAACUCAAGGCAUAUUGAAGAUUCCAGUGACAUUGGACAAUAUUCCAGUCAUUCAGCGUGGGGGCACUAUUAUACCAUUAAAAACCUCUGUAGGAAAAUCCACAGAAUGGAUGGUAGAUGUUCCUUAUGAACUUCGUGCUGCUCUGGAUAGUAAGGAGUCUGCAGCUGGGGAGCUCUAUCUAGACGAUGGCCAUUCAUUUCAGUAUCUUCAUGAGAAGCAGUUCUUGCUGAGGAAAUUCACCUUCUAUCAGAACGUCUUCUCAUCUAGACAUGCAGAUGGAGACCCAAGGUAUCACACAAAAUGCAAAGUUGAGCAGAUAACGAUUUUGGGAAUGAAAAAGCAACCUUCUACUGUAACAGCCAGUAUUCAUGGUGGAAAAAACAAAAAAGUGGCUUUCACAUAUGAUGCCAAGAACUCAGUGUUGAUCCUUCAAAAGCUUUCAUUACAUGUUGGCAAAGAUUGGGAGCUGCAUAUCCAAUGAGAUGGCAACUUCAGAGAAGUGAAUGAAAAACUCCAAAAGAAUGUUUUGGGAAAGUUAAUCUCAGUCUUCUAAAAUUGACUUUUUUGAACAGAUGCAACAAUGAACUUUUUCAUAGGCCAGACUAUUACUGCAACAGUCAAAUUCAGAAUAUUUUUUCUAUGAAUGGCAAGUUGCCAAUACUAUUUGCAACAGCUGUUCUGCCUAAGAUGGCUCACCUCCAAGAUUUUGCAGUUGUGCUAUCAAUAUUGGUUUUUUUGGUUUCCAAGCAACAGUCUGGAAUUAGCCAUGGAUUCCUGCUUCCAUGAAGUGUCUUCUCUUCUAGUUCUGCUUUUCGGCAUUAUGAUAUCCCCACUUUCUCUACUGUGGAAUCAAUGUUUCAGAAAAAAUUAAGACUCAUUGCCAACUCCGUCUACAUUAGCAUAAUAUAGAUUAUCACAUUUAGUACACAAAUCUUGCUCCAGAACAAAAAUUAAGUUUUCUGGCAUAAAUUAUGAAGAAAUUAUAACUGCCCUGAGUCCCUGCAGGGAGAUAGGGUGGGAUAAAAAUAAAGUAUUAUUAUUAUUAUUAUUAUUAUUAUUAUUAUUAUUAUUAUUAUUAUUAUUAUUAUUAUUGGUGGAAAUUAUUCAUGUGUAGAAUCUGACCUGUAGAAUUUGAACUUUUGCAAAUGAUGAACUUCAUUAUUGCAACAGAAUAAAGAAAUAAUGUUAUGAAUUUGCAACCAUUAGGAUAGCAAGGGAGAGAGAGAUUAUUUAAAAGAUUAUUUAAACAUUCAUCAAUUUUAAACCUUUUAAAAUUACCAUUCUUCCACAGCUCAAGAUUUAUUGCAUUGUUUGCUGCAGACAUGCGGUUGUGUCCUAUAUUGCAGACCGGUAUUCCUCCAGUCUUCUGUCAAUAUCUUCCUAAUUCUAAUGCUGCUAGAUAUGAAGAAAAGAGGAGUAUAAGAGUAACUGAGUUGGCAUGAAAAUACUUUGUGAAAAGGAAUUUGUUUUUCACAGGCUUUGUCUUUAGAUAAAAACAGACAACCCUUGUUUCGUAACAUAUCCACUCAUUCGUACCUCAUCUUUCUCAUGGACUCCCAAUAAAGUGGCUUACAAAAAGACAAAAAGAGAAUAAAAUGUGCACAUUGAAGUCUUCAUCACCAGAUAAUAAGGCUGAAAUACGUUGCAUGUUUCUUUCUUGAAAAGCUUAAUUAUUAUAUGGGUUUAUUAAGGUAUCUAUGCUCUACUUUUAAAUUUAUCACAUCCUCCAAAAGGUUGACUUUGUUAAGGGGUGAGUUUUGCCAGGAUCAACACCAAAGUUGGAGUCGAUAUGCUGCUGCUCAGUUGUUUAGUUGUCUCCGACUCUUCGUGACCUCAUAGACCAGUCCAUGCCAGAGCUCCCUGUCGGCCGUCACCUCCCCCAGUUCCUUCAAGGUCAACCCAGUCACUUCAAGGAUACCGUCCAUCCAUCUCGCCCUUGGUCGGCCUCUCUUCCUUUUUCCUUCCAUUUUCCCCAGCACUGUGAUCUUUUCCAAGAUUUCCUGUCUCCUCAUGAUGUGGCCAAAAUAUUUCAGCUUUGCCUCUAAUAUCUUUCCCUCCAGUGAGCAGCCGGGCAUUAUUUCCUGGAGUAUUGGCUCUUUGGAUCUUCUCGCGGUCCAAGGCACUCUCAGGAUUUUCCUCCAGCACCAGAGUUCAAAAGCGUCUAUCUUCUUUCGCUCAGCCUUCCUUAUGGUCUAGCUCUCGCAUCCAGUAGAUAUAUGUGUUAAGAAAAAAAAAACUGAUUCUGGUGGUCAUUAUAUGCAGGUGCUGAUUAAGGCCAGUAAGUUUGGGCCACACCUGGUGGGGUAUAACUGAGUAUGUUUUGUGAUACGUGGUGCUUUCUCCUUUGCUCAGUCUCUGGGGAUGAUGGGAAUUGGAGAGGCCAUGCUCUCUGCAUUUAUGUGAUGCAUACAAGGACUAUGUAAGUUUUGUUACUUUGAAGGAUUCAUUUUUGAUGCAGUGCCAUAAGUUUAUGUUUUUGACUCUGCUGAACAAGACUAAAUGUUUGUUUCCUUUUU